UACUAUCAGACAGUGGCCCUUGGAUCAAGCACAGUCCAAAUUUUUAGCUCUAAAGCACCGAUCUGAGAAAUAGACCUUGUCUGUGGGGGCCAACCCUUUUGACUAAAAGUCAAAUCAAUCCUCUCAUGAAAUUCUCUCUCCCCCUACAAAUUCUAGUACUCAAGAACCGUAUAAGUACAUACCCACCACCAACUUCAAUCCAAUUCCCUUCUUUUCUUAUUCAUUCCCACGUUCCCUCCUUUUCCAUUUUAUAAAACAUACACACACACAAAAAAAAAUAAUAAUAAUAAAGCAGCUUCUUUUCCUAAAGUUUUUUUUUCCUCUGCUUUCCACAGCAAUUUCUCAUCAUAUCCACCACUCUCUCUCUCUACACACUACACAUAACACACUCAAACAGCCCCUCUCUACUCUAUACACACUGUCUCAUUUCUCUCUCUCUCUCUCUCUAUUGUGUUCCUGCAAAUUGUGUCUUCAAUGGAGGGCAACCCAGUUCAGCUUUUCUAUCAUCUUGCUCUGCCACUUCUCUUCAUGCUGUUUGUUUUAGUUCCUGGGACAAAACAAGACGGGGAUUCAAUGAUCAAGACUGAUGUACAAGCUCUUAUUAUGUUCAAGAAGAUGAUACAGAAGGACCCAAAUGGAGCUUUAUCAGAUUGGCAGCUCGACAGGAAUCCAUGCAGCUGGCAUGGAAUUUCAUGCUCUUUAGGACGAGUGACUCAACUCGAUCUUACAGGGUCUUAUCUUGUUGGGACUAUGUUCUUUGAUCCUUUGUCUUCCCUUGAAAUGUUAUCUGCCCUAAAGCUGUCUACCAAUUCGUUUUACAUAAAUGCAACUACUUUGCUUCACCUCCCACCUGGUUUGAAACAGCUUGAUCUAUCUUUUAAUAUUCUUGUUGGUUCUGUCCCUGAAAAUUUGUUCCUCAGGUGUCCUGAUCUUGAAGAUGUGAAUCUUUCUUUUAGCAAUAUGACGGGUUCUUUACCCGAAACUCUCUUAUUGAAUUCAGAUAAACUGCAGGUCCUUGACCUCUCUUAUAACAAUCUAACAGGCUCAAUUUCUGAAUUGAAAAUUGAUAACUCUUGCAGUUCCUUGCUGCGGCUUGAUCUCUCUGGAAAUCGUAUAUCGGGGUCCCUUCCAAACUCCUUUUCAAACUGCACGAGUCUCCAAACUUUGAAUUUAGCUUACAAUUGGCUCUCUGGGGAAAUCCCAAGAUCAUUUGGGCAGCUCAACAGUUUACAGAGAUUGGAUCUCUCUCGAAAUUAUCUCACUGGCUGGAUCCCUCCUGAAUUGGGAGAUGCAUGUGGCUCACUUUCAGAACUUGUGCUUUCUAAUAAUAACCUUUCAGGCUCAAUUCCUGCCUCUUUAUCCUCUUGUUCUUGGUUGCAGUUUCUUGACCUGUCUAAUAAUAAUAUAUCGGGUCCCUUACCCGAUUCCUUUUUUAAGAAACUUGUCGCACUAGAGAAUUUGUUGUUGAGUAAUAACAUAAUCUCUGGAUCAUUUCCUGCUUCUAUAUCAUCUUGCAAGAGCUUAAAGAUUAUAGAUUUUAGCUCUAACAGGAUUUCAGGUAUCAUCCCACCAGAUAUAUGUCCAGGAGCUGCCAUGCUUGAGGAGUUGAAAAUGCCGGAUAAUCUCAUCACGGGAGGAAUCCCUGCUGAGUUAUCACAAUGUUCACAGCUGAAGAAAAUUGAUUUUAGCCUAAACUAUCUCAAUGGCUCAAUUCCAGCAGAGCUUGGGAAGCUUGAGAAUCUUGAGCAGCUAAUAGCAUGGUUCAAUGGAUUGGAAGGUAGAAUCCCACCAGAGUUGGGAAAAUGCAAGAAUCUCAAGAAUCUUAUCCUCAACAACAAUCAUCUGAAAGGUGAAAUUCCAGUUGAAUUGUUCAAUUGCAGGAAUCUUGAAUGGAUAUCGCUCACAAGCAAUGGACUCACCGGUGAGAUCCCAAAGGAAUUUGGUCUAUUGACAAGACUGGCUGUUUUGCAACUAGGGAAUAACAGCUUCAGUGGGCAGAUACCAAGAGAGCUAGCAAAGUGCAGCAGUUUGGUUUGGCUGGACUUGAACAGCAACAAGCUUAAUGGGGAGAUUCCACCUCAACUUGGCCGACAGCUAGGGGCAAAAGCAUUUUCCGGAUAUCUUUCUGACAACACCUUGGUGUUUGUACGUAAUGUGGGAAAUUCAUGUAAAGGAGUUGGAGGUUUGUUGGAAUUUUCAGGAAUUCGACCUGAAAGACUACAGCAGAUCCCUACACUGAAGACUUGUGAUUUCACAAGAUUUUAUUCUGGUCCAGUCCUAAGCCGUUUUACAAAGUACCAGACGCUGGAGUAUUUGGAUCUUUCUUACAAUGAGCUUCGUGGUAAAAUCCCCGACGAACUUGGGAACAUGGUGGCCUUACAAGUUCUUGUGUUAGCCCACAACCAGUUAUCUGGUGAGAUUCCGUCAUCACUUGGCCAGCUCAAAGAUUUAGGUGUAUUUGAUGCAUCACAUAACAGAUUGCAGGGCCAUAUUCCAGACUCCUUCUCAAACCUAUCAUUUUUAGUGCAAAUUGAUCUAUCCAACAACGAAUUAACUGGAGAAAUUCCAUCAAGAGGACAACUCACUACACUUCCUGCAAGCCAGUAUGCGAACAACCCAGGACUCUGUGGGGUUCCAUUACCUGAAUGCACAAUUAGCAAUGAAGCACCAACAAUUCCAAGUGGCGAUGGUAACAGAGGAAGUCGGAAGACAACAGCUGCAUCUUGGGCAAAUAGCAUUGUCCUAGGGAUUCUCAUCUCAAUUGCUUCUGUCUGCAUACUGAUUGUGUGGGCAAUCGCAAUGCGUGCAAGGCGGAAGGAGGCAGAGGAAGUCAAGAUGCUUAAUACCUUGCAAGCAUCCCAUGCAGCCACCACAUGGAAAAUUGACAAAGAAAAAGAGCCAUUGAGCAUAAAUGUAGCAACUUUUCAGAGGCAGCUGAGGAAGCUAAAGUUCUCCCAACUCAUUGAGGCUACCAACGGCUUCUCAGCAGAAAGUCUUAUUGGGUGUGGAGGGUUUGGAGAAGUGUUCAAGGCGACAUUGAAAGAUGGGUCAAGUGUUGCAAUCAAGAAGCUCAUACGACUGAGCUGCCAGGGGGACCGAGAAUUCAUGGCUGAGAUGGAAACUUUAGGGAAGAUCAAGCAUAAGAAUCUUGUGCCUCUAUUGGGUUAUUGCAAAGUCGGCGAGGAGAGACUCCUUGUGUAUGAAUUUAUGGAAUAUGGAAGCCUAGAAGAAAUGCUCCAUGGGAGGACAAAGACACGAGAUAGGCGAAUUCUGACAUGGGAGGAAAGAAAAAAGAUUGCAAGAGGUGCAGCUAAAGGACUCUGUUUCCUACAUCACAAUUGCAUCCCACACAUUAUACACAGGGACAUGAAGUCAAGCAAUGUACUACUUGACCAUGAAAUGGAAGCCAGGGUCUCUGAUUUUGGAAUGGCAAGGCUUAUUAGUGCACUUGACACACACCUAAGUGUAAGCACACUGGCAGGCACACCUGGAUAUGUCCCACCUGAGUAUUACCAAAGCUUCCGCUGCACUGCAAAAGGCGAUGUCUAUUCUUUUGGUGUUGUCCUCUUGGAACUCUUGGCAGGGAAACGUCCAACAGACAAGGAGGACUUUGGAGAUACCAACUUGGUGGGGUGGGUGAAAAUAAAGGUAAGAGAAGGUAAACAAAUGGAAGUAAUAGACCCAGAGUUGCUCUUAGUGACAAAAGGAACUGAUGAAGCAGAAGCUGUAGAAGUAAAAGAGAUGAUAAGGUAUUUGGAAAUAGCAUUGCAAUGUGUGGACGAUUUCCCUUCCAAAAGGCCUAACAUGUUGCAGGUUGUGGCUAAUCUGAGAGAGCUGAUGCCUGGAUCAGCCAAUGGAAGCAGCAACAGUGGUUGAACUAUGACUUCUUUUUUUUUCAUUGAUUAUGAUUAGUGUAUGAAGAUAAGGUUGUAAGAUUUCUUGUUCAGAUGUUGAAGAUUUUGCUGUACCUAUUUUACUA